AUGCCAGUUAAGAAAAGAAGAACUCAUCAUGGGAAACAAUUCAGGGGAUCCCAGGAUUCUCAACAAGCGAGAAAUUAUGAUAACACGCGAUUGAAGCCCGAGCAAGUGGGACGAUUAGUGCACGAUGAAAGCGAUACGAUAUCGUAUAGAUCGUAUUUGUUGCAAAAUUUCAUGAUAUCCAGUGAGCUGAUUGACGUGCUGACAACGCAGGCCGUUCCGGUCUCAAAAAUCAAACCACCGAGGAUAUAUCCAAGCAUGAACCUAGAAGCGGUCAAACAGGCCAUUGAAGUAGAAAAGCAACAGAUUUUGGCUAUGGUACAGGCCACUUCUGAAUACAAAGUCACGUACCCAGACAAAUACCAAAUUCUACGUCAGAGUUCUUCGAAAUUGACUGGGUCUGACGUCGACCACGAAAUGGUAGAAAAGGUGAGUAACGAGUUUGCCGCUGCUUUCAACAAAGUGGUGCAGGACGAUCGCUUUGUUAUUCACCAGGGCAAGUUUUUGGAAUUACGUGGAGAUGUGUCAGAGGCACCGCCAGAUUAUUGGUCGAAAUAUAAAGAGAUUGCCUUUCAAAAACGACAGCGAGCGCUUCAAAUUAUGCAAGCUGCAGAAGAACAAAAGAAAAAAGAGACCGAAGAAGCAGAACUGCGGCAAAGGACUGCAGAAGCAGCAGUGUUUGAUGAUCAUCUCGAUAAAAAUUCAGAGGCAGCCGAGAUGCAUUCGGAAGGGCUUACAAAUCAGGCAAUGGUUCCUCCUGAACAACAAAACGGUCAGACAAAUCAUGAGCAGGCUCAUCCCGCAAUGCUGGGCUCCAUCUUUGGCGAUUUGAACGGGGACACUUUUAAUAACGGUUUUGAAGAUGAAUUCGCAGAUUUAGACACUGCGUUUUUUUGA